AUGCCGUGCUCGUGCGGCUGGCAGCAUCACCCGCCCCAGGAGUACCAGUACAGCCCCAUGCCCGCGUCCGCCACCCUGACCAGGCCGAGGGGCCGCCUGCUGGCCUCGCGCUCGGAGAGCUCCUGGAGGAGCCCCAGACACGCCACGCUCCGCUCCAAGGGCGGCAGCUGCGACUUGUGGCCCGAGUGCGUCUGCGCUCAGGGCUGGCAGGAGGCGUACCAGGCAAGCCCGGCCCCAAUUAUAGUCAACACGGAUACUUUGGAGUCAGUACCUUACAUCAACGGGACAGAAAUCGAGUAUGAGUUUGAAGAAAUUACGCUAGAACGUGGGAACUCAGGCCUGGGCUUCAGCAUCGCUGGAGGAACAGACAACCCUCACAUCGGCGACGACCCGGGCAUCUUCAUCACCAAGAUCAUCACCGGGGGGGCAGCAGCGGAAGAUGGACGCUUACGGGUGAACGACUGCAUCCUGAGGGUGAACGACUCGGACGUGUCGGAGGUGUCCCACAGCCGGGCGGUGGAGGCUCUCAAGGUGGCCGGCUCCAUCGUCAGGCUCUACGUCCGCCGCCGGAGACCCAUGCUCGAGACCGUCAUCGAGAUCAAGCUCAUCAAAGGACCAAAAGGGCUGGGCUUCAGCAUCGCGGGGGGCGUGGGGAACCAACACAUGCCAGGGGACAACAGCAUCUACGUCACCAAGAUCAUCGAAGGCGGGGCGGCGCAGAAGGACUGCCGGCUGCAGGUCGGAGACCGGCUGCUCAUGGUGAAUAACUACACUCUGGAAGAGGUCUCUCACGAGGAGGCCGUAGCCAUACUGAAGAACACAUCUGAUGUAGUCUAUCUGAAGGUGGGGAAACCCACUAGCGUUUACCUCUCAGAUCCCUACGGGCCCACUGAUAUCACCCACUCCUUUUCUCCAGCCAUGGAAAAUCAUAUCUCUUUCCCGGGCAACAACGGCACUAUGGAGUACAAGUCCUGCCCUCCCCCCGUGUCUCCCGGGAGAUACUCCCCCCUCCCAAAACAUUUACUCGGGGAAGAGGACAUAAACAGAAAUACCUCGUUAGAUGAAGGGGAGGGUCACAGGUUUGAUUCCCAGCACUUCCAGUUGAGGCCUCCAGAGCCAGUUUACAGCACUGUGAACAAACUGUGUGACAAAGCACCUUCUCCCCGACACUAUUCCCCCAUGGAGUGUGACAAAAGCCUUCUCCACUCCAUCCCCUUCCCUCACUAUCACUUAGGCCUGCUCCCCGACUCCGACUUCUCCAGGGAGCCCAGGAGGAUGGUCCUCCACAAGGGCUCGACAGGACUGGGCUUCAACAUCGUCGGCGGGGAGGAUGGAGAAGGCAUCUUUGUGUCCUUCAUCUUAGCCGGAGGUCCCGCCGACUUGAGCGGAGAGCUGCGAAGAGGAGACCAGAUACUGUCGGUGAAUGGUAUUGACCUGCGAGGAGCCACCCACGAACAGGCAGCAGCAGCGUUGAAAGGAGCUGGCCAAAUGGUCACCAUCGUUGCCCAAUACCGGCCAGAAGAAUAUGGUCGUUUUGAGGCUAAGAUUCAUGAUCUACGCGAGCAGAUGAUGAACCACAGUGUGAGCUCGGGGUCAGGAUCACUUCGAACCAAUCAGAAGCGCUCUCUCUACGUCAGGGCGUUGUUUGACUAUGAAAAGGCAAAAGAUAGUGGACUCCCCAGCCAAGGCCUCAGCUUUCGAUAUGGGGACAUCCUCCAUGUCAUCAAUGCCUCCGAUGACGAAUGGUGGCAGGCUCGAAUAGUGACACCAGACGGGGACAGCGAAGAGAUGGGGGUCAUUCCAAGCAAGAGACGGGUGGAGAGGAAAGAGAAGGCGCGUCUUAAGACGGUGAAGUUCAAUGCCAAACCAGGCACCCUAGAUUCAAAAGGGUCAUUCAAUGACAAGCGUAAAAAGAAUUUCAUCUUUACGCGAAAGUUCCCAUUCUACAAGAACAAGGAGCUUGGUGAGCAGGAGGGCAGCGAUUCAGAACGGAGUCAAGAGGACAUGAUUCUGUCAUAUGAGCCUGUUAUUCAACAAGAGAUAAAUUACGCCAGACCUGUUAUAAUCCUUGGACCAAUGAAGGACAGAAUAAAUGAUGAUUUGAUAUCAGAAUUCCCUGAGAAGUUUGGCUCUUGCGUGCCACCAGCUAACACGUCAGGGCAAGAAGAUACCACUCGACAGAAGAGAGACUACGAGGUCGAUGGACGGGACUACCACUUUGUCAUGUCCAGAGAGCAGAUGGAGAAGGAUAUUCAAGAGCACAAAUUUAUUGAGGCGGGACAGUAUAACGACAAUCUGUAUGGAACCAGUGUCCAGUCUGUGAAAUACGUGGCAGAAAGGGGUAAACACUGCAUACUGGACGUAUCUGGAAAUGCCAUCAAGCGACUACAAGUAGCACAACUCUAUCCCAUUGCCAUCUUUAUAAAGCCACGAUCCGUUGAUUCAUUAAUGGAGAUGAACAAACGGCUCACCGAGGAGCAGGCCAAGAAGACGUUUGAUCGGGCCAUAAAACUGGAGCAGGAGUUUGGCGAGUUCUUCACAGCCCUGGUUCAAGGCGACACUUUAGAGGAUAUUUACAACCACUGCAAAAUUGUUAUAGAGGAGCACUCAGGGCCGUACAUCUGGAUACCUUCGAAAGAAAAAUUAUAAGACUCCACUUUGUAAAAUAGUUUGAAUUGUUAUGGAAACGGCUAGUCUUCAUGAUUCAAGUGGACAUUAAACUUUUCAGUUUCAAUUUGAAUAUCCUUGAAUGUACACCACCAAGUGUUGAAACAUUUUAGGCUGAAAGGAACUGUUUGUAUAGUUCUAGAUUUUUAUAGGAAAAUUUCAGUGGGAACUGAAUGAAUAAGGGACAUGUGUCCGUGUUGACACUGUGGAGUUCCAAAGGAACAAUGCAAGAUGACAUCUGGGUCCUUCCCACCAAAGGAAAGAAAAAAAAAGACAAAAUGGCUGCCCCUCUUUCUUUAAACCCAAUGUUACUGGUUAGCACUCAUUUUAUCCAGACACCUCACAUUAGUAGUUGAUAUUCUGCAUCUAUUCCCUCUUGCAUACUACUUUUUUUAUUGUUUUUAUUUUUUAAAUUUAUUUAAUGAGAUUGAGGCCAGGUUUAAUUUUAACAACCCUAAUCCUAAUUAUUUCUUAAAAAUUGAAAAUUGUUGUGAAGCAACUUCUGUUAUCAAUAAAGUGUGAAGAGAACUACUGUAAGUAUCAAAAAUAUGACACUAUAUUUUGCUAUUGAGUGAGCACUACAGCACAGAA